GUAAAAGUUAACUGGGCAACAACACCAAGUAGCCAAAAAAAAGAUACUUCAAAUCAUUUUCAUGUAUUUGUGGGAGAUUUAAGUCCAGAAAUAACAACAGAAGAUAUUAAGUCAGCAUUUGCUCCUUUUGGUAAAAUAUCAAUUGCUCAUAAGAAUGGACAGGAUCUUGAAGCUAACUGCAAGGAACUGUGCACACUGGAACUCAGUUGUAGAUUUUUUUCUCAUUUCUAUUUAUUCUUAUUAUACAUUAUUUAUAUAUACAUAUCUUAGUAUUUACAUUUUAACAUUCUAUAUUCAGUGCAGUUCUAUAUUUCCAAUCAUUUUAACUUACUCACUAAAAAUUAUGUGUAAAAUUUGUUGUCUUCAUAUUGGUGAACUUAGCAUUGUUGUUAGUUAUAUUCGCCUUUCUUAAAUUUCUGAAAAUGUCAAUUUUUCAAAAUUUACAGCUGCCCAAACUCCAAAAUGAUGGUAGAGAAUUGACCAAGAAAAAUAAAGAAAUCUGUUAACAGGCCAUGUAUGCCUUUUAAUUCCUAUUUUUUUCCUCUUUUUCAAUUUUUUAAUAUUUCAUAUUUUAUAUCACUAGGGAGAGGGCAUUUAUUUAGAAAAUGCAUGGUAAACAUAGUUAGAAAUGUUACAGUAAUUUAUAGUUCAGUAAACCUUAGAAGACCCUAGUCAAUAGAUAAUUAGAAAAGGAAAUUCUGUUCCUUUUAAAAUUUCAAAUUUGAACGAUUUAGUUGUAGAAAGUGCAGGAUAUAUUGAUAGGUUGCAUGUUUAUUACAUGUUAUUUUUUAUUUUUGUCCUACUGCUUUUUUCUAACAGGUAAAGAAGUAUUAGGCAGAAUUAGGAAUGGUUAUAGUUAGGAGUUACUGAGUUUAUAAUAGGGAAAACUAUGCUCACAAUACAGUGUGUGUGGUUCCUUUUAGUUUUUAUUUUGAAUAUCUAUAAUAUUUCCUCAUAUAACUGUGCUUCUCUUCCCAGGGAUGCACGGGUAGUUAAAGAUAUGACAACAGGAAAAUCAAAAGGAUAUGGUUUUGUAUCAUUUUAUAAUAAAUUGGAUGCAGAAAAUGCAAUUGUACAUAUGGGAGGCCAGUGGUUAGGAGGUCGUCAGAUUAGAACUAACUGGGCAACACGAAAGCCACCUGCUCCUAAAACUACACAAGAAAACAACACAAAACAGUUGAGAUUUGAGGAUGUAGUAAAUCAGUCAAGCCCCAAAAACUGUACUGUCUAUUGUGGAGGAAUUGCCUCUGGAUUAACAGAUCAGUUGAUGAGACAGACAUUCUCCCCUUUUGGGCAAAUUGUGGAAACCAGAGCUUUUCCAGUUAAAGGCUAUUCUUUUGUGAGGUUUUCAACUCAUGAAAGUGCAGCACAUGCUAUUGUUUCAGUCAAUGGAACUACAAUUGAAGGCCAUGUUGUUAAAUGCUACUGGGGCAAAGAAACACCGGAUACAACAAAAGAGUUCCAGCAGGUGGAGUACAGUCAAUGGGGGCAAUGGAGUCAAGUUUAUGGGAAUCCACAGCAAUAUGGGCAGUAUAUGACAAAUGGUUGGCAAGUGCCAUCUUACGGAAUGUAUGGUCAAGCAUGGAAUCAACAAGGAUUUGGUGUUGAUCAAACACCACCUGCAACCUGGAUGAGUGGAUUUGCUGCUCAGCCUGCCCAGGGACAAGCUGCUCCGGUAAUACCUAAUCAGGCUGGCUAUGGUAUGGCAAGUUACCAAACACAGUGAGCUUAGAACUCUUAGAAGUGUGAUUUCAAGACAGGUUUCAUUUUCCAGUGAUUUUUCUGAAGCCUGAAAUACAGACACUGGGGAGAAGAGGGAAAGGAGGCAAAACGGGAAAGAAACAGAGAAAGAAACAAAGAAUAUUUAUUUUGAAAAAUGAAAAUGUUUGGACCUUUAACAAAGCAUUUGCUUUGAUGAAGGACACAAAUAUCUUCAAUUUAUGCCUUUUUAAGUUUUGUUCAUGAUGGAUAUGAACAGGUUUUCUUUAUGUACAAAAUUUAAAAUAAAGUCAUUAAAAACAAUUCUGACUGCACAAUUUGGUAUAUUGGAAAGAAAUGCUUAACAUUGUGGUUCUUAGAUCCAUUCCAUUUUCUUUUGUCUUCAGCAUUUUAUAUCAGGUUUUGAGAAAAAAAUACAUUAAUGAUGCUUUUAAUUGAACAUUAAAUCCUGAUGUUUUUCUGUGGACCAAAGAUUGCAUCAAAGGCAACAGUAUAUUCUUCGUUAAUUUCAGAGCCAUCAUUCAGAAAAAAUAUUCAUGGAAAUAUUUUUUAAAUUAAUUUUGAAAUAUUUGAAGAAACUUAAAUCUGGUGGUUUGGUCUGAUCAACAUUGUUAUCUGUAGUACUAUCAGAUAUUUCUGUUCACAUUCAGAAGCAAACUAUAGCUUUUCAAAUUUAAUUUACUUGAAGCACAGAUUUGCUUUUACUUUAGAGGUGCCUUUUUGAUUUUGCUUUUUUAAGCAUCAUAUAUGCCCAUUUAUAUUACAACCUGCAGUGCUUAGUAUGCUCUGAAAUAGAAGGAGCAAUUUUAUACAGAAAGUUACUUUAUUCUGCUGCUUUUUUGUGUUGGAGUAAAAUAAAUGAACCAUACACUUUCAAAACUAGCUAUUACAUAGAGUGAAAAAAAAUAUUCAGAAGCCUUAUUUUUAACUUGAUAAAUAACUCAUUUUGUCACCAGAAAACAGAUUAUUUUACUUUAUGCUACUUACUAUGUAAAUAAUGAGGCUACUAUAAGUACCUGAAUGUUUUAAAAAUGACAAGUUUUUUUUUAAAAUGUAGGAAUAUUUAACCAAAAUAUUUUUAAUUAGAUUGAGGAAUUUUUAAAGGAAGGCAUUUUAAUAAUGUCAUAUAUGUUUAACAGAACUGCAUUUGGAAUAAUGAACAAUUUGAAGUAUGAAUUAAGUGUAUUUGUUUUUUAAUUAUUUUGGCUUGCAUUUCACAAAUUUGUAUUGAAGCUAGGUUAUUUGUGGAUUAAAUAUUAUUGAGAUAAAUAAUGAAGUUGGUAAAAUGUUACAUAAGGUUACUUUUUGCUUUGUAGAUACACUGAUAUAUUUUAAGUUGAAAGUGAAUGCAAGAUAGGUUACACAAUAAUCUGUGACAGCUAGGUGGUGCAAAUGACUCAUCUUUGAAUUUGAACACUUGAGAUGAACAAUAUGUGCCAUUAAUAGAAAGAGACUUGCAUCUUGGUGGACUCUAGGCCAAAAUAUUUACGAGUAUAUAAGUUUGGUUGGUUUCUGAAUAGAAAAGUGUUGUUUAAUAGAUCAUUAUUAAAUAUAUACUACAUUAUCUAGCAAAUAUUGAAAAAAAUGUUUAUUCCAAGUGGGAGAAAGGUUGGUUAAACUAAUCUCUCUUUCUUCUUGAAUAACUGAUCAUAGAGUUAUUACCAUGGAUGUUUUUGCUACAUGAAAUUUAUUGAUCUAUACUUUGGUUAAAAUAUUUUUUAGGAAUUUUGAAUUUCUAUAUUUAUUUUGAGGCUAGGAAGAUUAAAAUAGUAUUCAUGGACAUCCUACUAAAUCUGUAUUAUGAUCUUUGGCAAUUUUAACCAAACAAUUUUUGUUGAAAUAUAUAAAGUGUCAACGAUGUUUUGUUUCAGACUGGACAAACCAAUCUUUUUCAGGUUGAUUAGUUUCCCAGUGGAACAAAAUUGAAUAUAGCUGGAGUAUUCUGCAUAAAACGUAACUCUUUAAAGAUUUUAUAUCUAUAUCAUAUGGAAACAGUGGAAGCCUGGAACAAGAUGAGCCUCAUUUUUCAGUUGAGGACCCCCAUCCUGACUAAUUUCUGUUCCGCAACAUAUAGCAAAGUUGGUCAAAGAGUAUUUUUUAAAGAAGGGUUUAAAUAAAUCAACAAUUUAGGAUAUGUUUCUCCCCCCCCCCCCCCCAUUCUGUCAAGCUUAGCAAGAGGUAAAGUCCAGAGCACAAUCGGACAAGGCUCUAGACAAAGCAUCAGCAGUUAUUUUUGGAAAGCAGAGUUUAGAGUAAAUUGUGCACAACAAACUUCAUGGCUGUAUCACCAUCAGAACUCACUUGUGCAUUUAAUUAUUGCAACUAAAUGGUAUGUUUAAUUUCAGUUGAAUUUAAUUUUACUCAUGGAGGAAUCAUAAUUCAUUUAUUUUUACUGAGGUCAUUGCAUCGCAGAUUUUGAAAAUGUUUGCCCUAAAUAUUAAAAAGUAAAGUUUCUUUCUAAUUUACUUUGACUCCUAUUAGAGUCAUGAGAACAGCCAUGUAGUUUUCUUGGCAACAUUAUAAAGUGAUUUGCCAGUUCUUUUUUCCAGGAUUUUUAAAAUACUUCUUUACUAGCCUACAGUUCACAGUUGUCCUGAUAGAUUCCCAUCUAAGUACCAACAAGGUCCAUCUUUUCAAGAUCAACCAAGUUCAGCUUUAUUCUGUCAAAACAACAAACAAAAAAACAGCACAAGACAUACAAACAUUCAUUUUAUUUUUUCAUAGCAGUUUUUUUAAAAGGUGUAAAUGUACCUAUCAGGCAAGAGACUAGCCAAACUUACAUGGACAGUAAGUGGGCUAUCUUUUUAGGUAUCUCGUCAUUUGUCAUUCCAAAUGCCAAAGCAAAAGUGGCUCAGCUGUUGCCUGGAUCUUUGCCUAUUAGAAUUUUUGAACCCCAAAAGUGAAUUGAUCUAAACUUUUUCUGGUCCUCACUGUAUAUGAAAGGCAUCAUUCGAUUUGGAAUCUGGUUUAGACACAAUUAAGUUUCUAGCUAGGAUAUAUUAAUUGCCAAGACAAUAUUGAUUUUUCCACUCCCUCUGAUGGAUGGGUACCAGCAGAUAAUUUUUACAUUGAUAUGGUUUGAUUUUUUUUUUCAUUUUGUUUCAGAAAAAACACCAUAAUUCUCUGUUUCUUAAGCACAUGUGUCAAAGAAGAAUGGGUAUGGGUAAUGAUGAAAUGAUACAAUGUGUUUUCCUUCAAUCUUACUGUAGAGGUCUUUGAUUCACUUUUAUCUCUUCUUUGUUCGUAAAAAUACAUUUGGCAAAUUGUAUGUGUAUAUUAUCUGAUCAAAAUUCACUAAUCUCUGAUAGAGUGGCAUAAUAAACUAAACUUGCCUUCAGUUAUUGAAAUUCA